GAGAGUCCUCUGCUGCCACUUUGGAGCUGCGAGCAGAGUCCUGUGCCACUCUUUCUCACGGGGAGCAAGAGCCCUUCACUGAAAUCCUCCCACGAUGCUGGGGCUGCUGCUGCUGCAGGUGUUGGCGAGCUGCCUCUGGCUGGGACACAGCGAGUUGGUGACGUCCUUUACACGUUGUCCUCAGUUUUUCUAUGAACAGACCCCCCCAAAUGAUGCCCUGAUUCCGAAGAACCAAGCCUGGAUCUGUCAGCAGUACAGCAACUCGCAUCACUAUGCCACCCUCUACAACAAAGAUACCAGAAUUCCAGUGUACUCUGCUUACAUCUACCAACCUGGACAAGGCAUCAAUUCUCCAGUGUGGUUUGUUGAGCCCCAGCUCAUCAGCCAAAAUUACAGUAAGGAUAUGGAUACAGAGGAGUCCAUUCAAGAGCAAUACAACAUCUCUUUAGAGACAAUUGGCCAGAACCAGGCUAUCAAAGAAGACUACGACAACCUCCAGGGCCUGGACCAUGGUCAAAUGACACCGUAUGGCCACCAAACUGGAGACAACAGCAAGUGGGCUACCUUCACCCUCACCAACACAGUGCCCCUGAACAGCACAGUCAACAGUGGUAUGUGGAAAUUCUAUGAGAAUCAAACGAUGGCCCAGAAAACUCAGGGCUGUGAUAUCACCUAUGUCAUCACGGGUGCUGUGCCUGGUUACACCCCCAAUGGGAGGGUUAAUAUACCCAGCCACAUCUGGUCAGCUGCCUGCUGCCUGGAGAACGGAAAUCCAACGAGGGCUUGGGGAGCUUUCGCUAAGAACGACAAGGACGAGGUGGACGACCUAAGCCUCGGGGAGCUGGAAAACUUGUUAGCCAAGCUCUAUAGGAAGACAAUGAUUACUCUGUUCACGAGUGCCUGUCCCAGGAAAUAAGCCUCACAUCCAUGAUGGAAAAGGCUCAGGAGAUUUUCCCAAAUGUUGCAGAAUCACAGACUCACAGAAUGGGUUGGUUUUGAUGGCACAUAAAAGCCUUCAAGAUCAUCUCAUUUUGACCUGCC